AUUCUUUAUUACUUUUUCUGUUUCUACAUUCAUCCAUUCAUCAUUUCCUUAAGAGCACCACAUUCUCCCUGGAAUUCAUUUCUCUUCCUUUCCUUUUCUCCCUCUAUAUCAAUUCAUCGAUCUCUUAUAACAAUUCUCCUUUGAGUUCCAUGAUCAGAUAGUCUCAAGCACUGCCAUGGGAACUCCUGUAAACAUUAUAGUUGGAUCCCAAGUGUGGAUUGAGGAUCCUGAUGAUGCCUGGGUUGAUGGAGAAGUCGCAGAAAUUAAAGGCUCAAAUGCCACAGUAAUCACAACUAAUGGGAAGACGACUGUUGCUUCUAUUUCUAGCAUAUACCCAAAGGAUACCGAAGCACCACCAGCUGGGGUUGAUGACAUGACCAAGUUAGCUUACCUCCAUGAGCCUGGCGUUCUGAAUAACCUUGCUUGUCGGUAUGCUCUAAAUGAGAUAUAUACUUACACGGGGAAUAUCCUAAUUGCGGUGAAUCCAUUUCGGAGACUUCCACAUUUGUAUGAUACGCAUAUGAUGCAGCAAUACAAGGGAGCACCAUUUGGAGAGCUAAGUCCACAUCUUUUUGCAGUGGCAGAUGCCUGUUAUAGGGCAUUGAUAAAUGAGCACGGCAGCCAGUCCAUCUUGGUCAGUGGAGAGAGUGGAGCUGGUAAAACUGAGACAACGAAAAUGUUAAUGAGAUAUCUCGCGUUCAUGGGUGGUAGGUCUGGUACUGAAGGAAGAACAGUUGAGCAACAAGUUCUGGAGUCCAACCCAGUUUUAGAAGCAUUUGGGAAUGCAAAGACUGUGAAGAACAACAAUUCCAGUCGCUUUGGUAAAUUUGUUGAAAUUCAAUUUGAUAAGCAUGGGAAGAUUUCUGGGGCUGCAGUGAGGACAUAUCUUCUUGAAAGGUCACGUGUUUGCCAAUGCUCAGACCCAGAGAGAAACUACCAUUGUUUUUACAUGCUUUGUGCUGCACCGCCAGAGGAUGUGAAAAGAUACAAACUUGGAAAUCCAAGAUCAUUUCAUUAUCUAAACCAAAGUAACUGUUACGAAGUUGCAAAUGUUGACGAUGCAAGAGAGUAUCUUGAGACCAGAAAUGCUAUGGAUGUUGUUGGAAUCGGUACGGAGCAGCAGGAAGCUAUAUUUCGGGUUGUAGCUGCAAUACUCCAUCUUGGAAACAUCAACUUUGUUAAAGGAAAGGAGGUCGAUUCCUCCAAACUAAAAGAUGAAAAGUCACUUUUUCAUCUGAAGACAGCUGCAGAGCUAUUCAUGUGUGAUGAGAAGGCACUAGAAGACUCACUUUGCAAGCGUGUCAUUGUAACUCCUGAUGGAAACAUCACAAAACUACUGGAUCCAGCAGCUGCAACCACGAGCAGGGAUGCCCUGGCAAAGACUGUAUACUCCAGAUUGUUCGACUGGCUUGUGGACACAAUAAACACUUCAAUUGGUCAAGAUCCUGAUGCAAAAAACAUAAUUGGUGUCCUUGAUAUAUAUGGCUUUGAGAGCUUCAAAGUCAACAGCUUUGAGCAAUUCUGCAUCAACCUAACAAAUGAGAAAUUGCAGCAGCAUUUUAACCAGCACGUAUUCAAGAUGGAACAAGACGAUUAUACGACAGAAGAAAUCAACUGGAGUUAUGUGGAGUUUGUAGAUAACCAAGAUGUUUUAGAUCUUAUUGAGAAGAAACCUGGAGGCAUUAUUGCUCUACUUGAUGAAGCUUGUAUGUUCCCAAAAUCAACUCAUGAGACAUUUGCCCAAAAGAUGUACCAGACAUACAAAGCCCAUAAAAGGUUUAGCAAGCCAAAACUUGCUCGUACUGCCUUUACAAUCAAUCAUUACGCUGGUGAUGUUACUUACCAAGCAGAUCAGUUCCUUGACAAAAACAAGGACUAUGUGAUAGCAGAAUUUCAAGCUCUUCUGAUGGACUCCAAGUGCUCUUUCGUUGCAAACCUCUUCCCUCCAUUGCCCGAAGAAUCGUCCAAGCAGUCCAAGUUUUCUUCCAUCGGCACGCGUUUUAAGCAACAAUUGCAAUCUUUAAUGGAGACCUUGAGCACUACAGAGCCACAUUACAUCAGAUGUGUAAAGCCCAAUACAGUUCUAAAGCCAGGGAUAUUUGAGAACAUGAAUGUAUUAAACCAAUUAAGAUGUGGGGGUGUCUUAGAGGCGAUCAGGAUAAGUUGUGCAGGAUAUCCAACAAAAAGAACAUUUGAUGAGUUCCUUGACCGCUUUGGAACGUUAGCUCCAGAUGUUCUUGACGGAUGUGAUGAGAAGUCAGCAUGCAUUGCAAUUUGUGAUAGAAUGGGUUUAAAGGGUUAUCAGAUUGGGAAAACCAAAGUUUUUCUCAGAGCCGGGCAGAUGGCUGAAUUAGAUGCCAGAAGAACUGAAGUUCUAGCUCAUGCUGCAAGGCGCAUUCAGAGGCAAAUUCGAACAUAUCUUACCCGAAAGGAGUUCAUAGCCCUAAAGAGAUCUACAAUUCAUUUCCAGAAACUUUGGAGAGCACGACUUGCCAGAGUUCUGUAUGAACAAAUGAAAAGGGAAGCUGCUUCAAUCCGCAUACAAAAACACGUGCGUUCUCAUUCAGCAAGAAAAUCUUAUAAGGAAUUACAGGCAGCAGCUAUAGUCAUUCAAACAGGGAUGAGAGCUAUGGCAGCACGAAGUGAAUAUAGGCAGAGGAGGAGAAAUAAAGCAGCUAAAAUAGUUCAGACUCAAUGGAGAGGAUUUCAUGCCUUCUCAACUUAUAAACAGAAGAAAAAAGCAAGUCUUUCACUUCAAUGUCUCUGGAGAGGCAGGUUAGCAAGGAAGGAGCUUCGGAAAUUGAGGAUGGCUGCAAGAGAUACAGGGGCACUUAAAGAAGCGAAGGACAAACUGGAAAAGCGUGUCGAAGAGUUAACGUGGCGAUUAGAUUUUGAAAAACACUUAAGGAUUGAUCUCGAAGAAGCAAAGGGGCAAGAAAUUUCGAAAUUGCAAAAAGCUUUGCAAGAAAUGCAAACACAACUAGAUGAAGCCCAUGAUGCAAUCAUUCAAGAGAAAGAAGCAGCAAAGAUAGCCAUUGAACAAGCUCCUCCAGUUAUCAAGGAGGUACCAGUGAUUGACAACACCAAAGUGGAGAAGCUGACAGAGGAAAACAACAAUCUCGAGGAAGAAAUCAGAGAGCUCAAUAAGAGAGUAGAAGACUUCGAACAAAGCUACAAUGAAGUUGAAAAAGAAUGUCAGGCCACACGUAGAGAGGCAGAAGAAUCCCAGCAAAGAGUUUCAGAGCUCCAAGAGUCCAUUGAAAGAUUACAGCUGAAUCUAUCCAACCUUGAAUCAGAGAAUCAGGUUCUCCGCCAGCAGGCUUUAGUAGCAUCAACAAAUGAGGCCAACAAUGAGGCCCUUUCUGAAGAAAUGGACAUACUUAAGAACAAGAUCAAAGACUUGGAGUCAGAAAACGAGCUUCUCCGCACUCAAAGGGUAGUUGUGCAGCAAGUAGUAAGUUCUGAUCAGGAACCUAAAGGGCUUGAGAUUCUUGAGAACACAUGCCCAGCUGAUAAUGGACAUCAAACAGUGGAAGCGCAUGAAGAAAUGAAAGUAGAACAACAAAUAUCUAAGGAUUCUAGCCCUCCCAUCUCUUUAAUUAAGCAAAGAUCCUUGACAGAUAGACAGCAGGAAAACCAUGAUAUACUGAUAAAGUGCCUCGAGGAAGACAAGCAAUUUGACAAGGGAAUACCAGUAGCUGCAUGCACCCUAUACAAAGCACUUCUGCAGUGGAGAUCCUUUGAAGCAGAAAAAACACAUAUAUUUGAUCGGAUUAUUCAUACCAUCCGAUCAUCUAUAGAGGAUCAGGAUAAUACCGGUGAUCUAGCCUACUGGCUGUCAACAUCUUCAACUCUGUUGUUCCUUUUGCAAAGCACAAUCAAAGCUGGUAAUGUGCCUACUAGGUCCCCAUAUCGUAACCGCAGCUCACCUACCACAUUGUUUGGAAGAAUGGCACAGCAGGGUUUUCGCUCAACUUCGUUAAGCAUGGCAAUUUCCAGUGGAUACAGCGGAAUUGAGGGAAGCCCAAAUGUCCGAACAAGGAUAGAAGCUAAAUACCCAGCACUAUUGUUUAAGCAACACCUAACUGCUUGCGUUGAGAAAAUAUAUGGAAUGAUCCGCGACAACUUAAAGAAAGAAAUAAGUCCAUUUCUUAACCAAUGCAUACAUGCUCCAAGAUCUGCAAGGAUAAGACCUUUAAAAGGUUCAUCUAGAAGUAUACAUUCAAACAUCAUCGCGAAACAACAGGCAUCCAUCGUACACUGGCAAAACAUUGUGAAUAGUCUAGACAAUACAUUGACCAUACUCUCAGAAAAUAAUGUCCCUUCCACCGUUACAAGGAAAAUACUCAGUCAGGUGUUCUCAUACAUAAAUGUCCAGCUUUUCAACAGCUUGUUGCUUCGUCGUGAAUGCUGCUCAUUUAGCAAUGGGGAAUAUCUCAAGGCAGGUCUGCAAGAAUUGGAAAGUUGGUGUUCCAAAGUAACAGGGCAGUAUGCUGGAUCUUCGUGGGAUGAGCUUCAACACAUAAGGCAAGCUGUAGGAUUUCUGGUGUUGCAUCAAAAAUCUCAAAAGGCAUUGGAUGAGAUCACAAGUGACCUCUGCCCGAUGCUGAGCAUUGCACAAAUAUAUCGCAUUGGAACUAUGUUCUGGGACGACAAAUACGGAGCCCAUGGUUUAUCUCCAGAGGUCAUUAGCAAGAUGAGAGCACUAACAUUGGAAGACUCAGCCAGCAUUCCGAAUAAUACAUUCUUGCUUGAUGUGGAUUCAAGCAUACCAUUCUCUAUAGAAGAAAUAUCGCGAUCCUUCCAGAAUAUCAACUUGUCUGAUGUGGAACCACCUCCCCUCCUUCGUCAAAGAUCAGAUUUUCAAUUCUUGCUGCAGGCAGCAGAAUAAGAGUUUUGAACAUUUUCUUUUGAUUUUACACAGAAAGAGAAUGAUAGUUAUAGGAUUUGAUUGAUUGAAAUUCUUUCUUUUGUUGAUUGGUUAGAUAGAGAGUGAUGAGUGUUCAAAAAUGUAAAUCAUUUUGGUUUUGUGUUUCAUAUUUAUUUUACUCACACAAGUGAUGAUUCUACAAAUAUUGCAUUGCGAAGAUCUGUUGUAUUAUAUGUUGAAAGAGUGUAGUAAAGAAAAACACAUAUUCAAAGUUUCAAUAGAAAAAAAGAGGUUUUUUUUUU